GGGCUAUGCGCGAGGUCUCACUUCAGUCAAUCUGUCGUACACAAGUAAAAUUGCACUGACAGCACACAGCUGUGAGCUAGUGCAUGUGCCCUCUGUUUCUUUCACAUAUUUCAAAGGUUUUGGCAAUGGACUGUUAGUUUUUUGUUGAAUCGAAACAUGGUUAAAAUAAUUUCUGUGAUCUCCGUCGGGUUGUGAUAAAUUAAGAUCGAAUUUUAUACGAAUAAGUGAUUUUUCUUAAAAGCCCAUGGUAAUGAAACGUUGACCUCCUGCAAUUCUAACAACAACAGGGUAGUAAUGACAGAAUCAUUGUAAACUUAGAGCUGGAGCACAAAAAUGAUUGGCAACGGAGGUACUACGUCUCCUGCCAACUCGGUGACAGAUACGAGCCAUGGGGCAUCGACGUCAAGCUCCACAUCAGCACAGGGCGGGCACUGCAAGGGGCAUCGCAGGCAAGAGUCCAUGUAUACCAUGACUGGUCUCUAUUCUGAAGCCAUCCCAGAACAAACAGAAAUCGCCGAGACGAAGUGUUCGACGAAUUUCUGCCACGACACGGUUAUUAAAUGCCACAGUAGAAACCCUUCGGCUAGUUUUGAUAGAGAUAAAGCUGCACAUACUGCGACUUACACUGAAACACCUGUGAUAUUAAAAGAUACAAAGGAUUGCGGAAUUUUUCAAUGCCGCCCUACGUUUAUACAAAAGUAUGCUGGGAUUAGGUUCUUCGUUCUACUCUUGUCAUUCCUUGUUACCUUGCAACAAGCGCUAAGUUCGGGAUACAUAAAUUCUGUGAUAACAACAAUCGAAAAACGCUUCGAAAUACCAUCAUCUCUCUCAGGCGUGGUGGCAUCCUCUUAUGAAAUAGGCAAUGUAAUAACAGUAAUAUUUGUUAGUUACUUGGGCAGCAGACGACACAUCCCAGUGUGGAUAGGAGUCGGUGCCGUCAUUAUGGGAAUCGGAUCGUUAAUAUUCAUGGUGCCACAUUUCAUCGCAGAAGAAAACAGCAUCACCGCGGUGAAUACCACCGAAGAUAAUAUGUGCAGGAUCAUCUCUGUGCACGAGCAGGACAUGGGCCUGGGGAGACUGUCAUCGGGGUUAUCAUCACCACCGCUGGCUCCGAAUAAUAUCAGAGAAGAUAAUUGCAUUCAGGGUACUCCUUCAACCACAGGACCAGUAUUGCUGUUUGUUCUUGCACAAUUACUAUUAGGUUGCGGAGGAUCUCCUCUGUUUACACUUGGUACCACGUACAUAGAUGAUCACGUUAGGCCGGAAAGUUCAUCCAUUUAUAUAGGUUGUAUGUACAGCAUGGCGGCAUUUGGUCCAGUCUUAGGAUUCCUGUUAGGUGCUUACCUCCUUUCUUUUCACAUGGAUUCAUUUACACACAUCAUAUCAAUAGAUCCAGGUGACAGCAGGUGGGUGGGCAUGUGGUGGGGUGGUUUCCUACUAUGCGGACUUUUGCUUGUAAUAGUUGCAAUUCCCUUUUUUUCAUUCCCAAAAGUUCUUACACAUGAAAAAGAAAAAAUUAGACUUAUGGAAAAGGCUGCUGCGGCUACGGGUGCAGGCACCAGUACUGGCACAUCGAAUUCCGCUAACAAAAAUGCCAAUCCUGCGACUAAAAAUGACACGGGUUAUGGCAAAGACGUCAAAGAUAUUCCCAAGUCUAUGUGGCGUCUUGCUAGUAACCCAGUAUACAUUGUCACGUGUUUGGGUGCUUGUAUGGAACUGGUAAUAGUAUCUGGUUUUGUUGUAUUUUUACCGAAAUAUUUAGAAACGCAGUUCAGUUUAGGAAAGAGCCAAGCCAGUGUUUUUACCGGAUCUAUUGCGAUUCCCGGUGCCUGCAUAGGGAUCUUCAUGGGUGGUGUGAUUCUCAAAAAGAUGGAACUCAGGCCAAAGGGAGCAGUGCAAUUUGUACUAAUUUCAAACGCUAUAUGCCUUCUGUGCUAUGGACUGCUGUUCUUCUUAGGAUGUGAUAAUCUCAAGAUGGCUGGUACUACAAUCCCGUACUUCAACAGUACGCAACCGUUUCAAGUCAAUUUAACUUCAUCUUGUAACUUCGGUUGCGAGUGUAGUAUCACCGAUGUAGAACCAGUUUGUGGGAACAAUGGAUUGACGUAUUUUAGCCCAUGCCACGCUGGUUGUACUUCAAUAUUAAGUACAAACUAUACCAAUUGUGCCUGUAUACAUGGAAACAUGACAAUUAAAGAUGGUUUAACGUCGUCCAUAAGUUUCGCCUCGCAACUAGAAAGCGAAUAUGCUGAAGUUACAGUCGUGCCUGUUGCAACUGCAGGUCCAUGCAAUUCUUCUUGUCAUACCAUAUACCCUUUUUUGAUAUUAUUAUUUUUUAUGACGUUUAUCGUGGCAGUCACCCAAAUGCCUCUACUGAUGAUAGUAUUAAGGUCAGUGAACGAAGAGGAACGAUCAUUCGCAUUGGGCAUGCAAUUUGUGAUAUUCAGAUUAUUUGGGUACAUCCCGGCUCCAAUCUUGUUUGGAAACUUGAUAGACUCGACCUGUCUGUUAUGGAAAAGCACGUGCGGCGAAAAAGGUGGACGCUGUUUACUUUACGACAUAGAACAAUUUAGAUAUAGAUACGUAGGUUUAUGUGCUGGGAUAAAAACCUUAGCGUUAGGAAUAUUUUUAGUAGAUUGGUGGCUUGUUAGGCAUCGCAAGCAACUCGAUGAAGACAGAGUCAUUACUGCUAAUGAAAUUGUUGGAUCAAUUAUUAGCUUAGAUAAAUUAUUUGAAGAGAGACACGAAAGCGGUCGUCACACAAGGAACCCUAGUUCCGUUAGUGCCUAUGAUAUUCCUAGAUCUCCGAAGCCUAUUCUAGAUAGCCGACAAGAUUCUAAAGACCACGAAUGGGAGGAGGCUAAUCAUCACUCUCCUUUGGAACACAAGGAAGUUGCAUUACCAGAACAGGAUCCGUCUAGUGAUAAUGGUAGCUUGAAAAGGAGACACCCCUAGAGCUAACUUAGCACCUAUUAAAUUUUUAUCCCAAACAAAAGUUAGACAAGCCGCUUUUUUUGUUUUUGUUAUUAAGGUGUUUAUAAUCCAGGCAUUAAAUGAUACAAUUUUGUAUAAAGAAAUCGUAAUAUACGAGAAGAGUUGACAUCAUUAAUAAAAAAAAGGGGAUUGGACCAAUCGGUGAUCCAUGAGACUUUUUUACCACUAAGCUGCUACAUUUCUUUACGUAAAAGUGUAUUUAGAUAUUUUACGCCUUUCAUAACAAAAAAUAUACAGCUCUACAAUCGCAUAAAAAUCGUAAUAGUGAAAUAUGAGUGCGGAAACAACAUGCUUGUAGGAGACUAUUUAGUACAAAGCAAUCUCACAAAUGCUUGUCUAACUUUUGUCUUAACGUACUGCCUAAGAUUUUUAUCUUAGAAAACCGUACUGGUCCGAUGAACAUGUUUAAAUAAAUUUUUGGUACAAAGGGGCCAGGCAGUAUUUUGUAGUUGUCGAUUUUCUCAAUAAUAGUAUAUUUUGAUAUACAGAUAGUUUCCAAGAAUAAUGCUUUACUGAUAUUAAAGUAUAUAUUCAGUCACAAUAAAAAUAUAUCAAUAUUUGUUAAAAUUGAACGAUGGGGUGGUAAAGUUUUUGAAAAUCAAAAUUUUUAGUGGAAAAUCAGGAUGUCGGUGUUUUAUUGAGUUGUUGAUUUGGGAUGGAAUAUUGAAUGUUUUACACUAUUGAUCAAAAUUUCAGGAAAUUUCAUGGAAGCCCAUUUCUCCAUGAGCUGACUGGUCCAAUUUACUUUAAUUGAAAAUAUUUAUGUUCUUGUGAAACAAUUUUUAUUGUAUAUUUAAAAUUCAGAACAAAAAGUAUGCUAACCAGCUAAAUAUUAAAAAAGUAUUAUUUUUUCAAAUAAUUUUAUAUUUAUUUAGAUAUUUUUGGAGGGCCAGUGCGAAAGUCAUUUGGCUUAACGCAAUUUCAUUUUGAUCACUCAUGCAGUGGUCAAAAUCCCUUUUUAAGUUAAAUGCACUAUAGACUAUGUUUUAACUUAAUUUUUGUUUGUUACUUAUAAUUUCGAAGUGAUAUUUACGAUAGGACACUAUUCUUUUAUUAAUUUUAUUAAUUGCGUUUUAAUAGAUUUUGAACUUAUUGAAUCUACUACCUAGUUCUUGCAGCAAAUCUCUAAAGAUUUUAUUCUUAUAGACUAGGCUAAAAAAAUUACAAAUAGUCCGUGAAAUCUUCAUAGAAGAUUUCGCAUAGGGCGUUCGGUUGUCAAGGAUGUUUUAAAUUAUUUUUACAAUUAUUAUUAGCCAUAUUUUAAUUUAUUUUGUAGUAUGUGAGGAUCAACUCAAAAAAUUCACACAUGUAUUUGAGUCUAUACAAAGUAGCUAUAUAUGUCUCUCAAUAGAGACACCUCUGAAACAAUUAUUAUAUUUAGAUUUAUUUUAAGGUAACUCCAUAGGCUCAGUUUAAGGCAUCUUAAGACAACCUUACCUCAAAAUGUUUAUCAAGCGAACGAUACAAGGUACCUACUUUGAUACUUUUAACUUAAAAAUAAUUUAGGUCAAAGGGAUUGGCACUAUGUCAAUUCAUAAGCUUUAAUAACAUAGAUCAUAUUUUUCAAAAACUUUCUUAUACAUAUCAAUUAAUAACUACGAUCAACUAAAACUAUUUGAGAUUAUCUAUUUACUAAGAUUUUAUAAUACUCCAAUGGAUCGAUUUUUUAAAUAAUUUCCCACAUUAAAGUAAAGAUAUGAGAUUUAGAACAUAUUAACAUGUAGAUUAUGAGCUAGCAGAAAGUAUCAUCUGGGAGGAUUUAUUUUAAAACCCCUGCAAACGAGACGUCAGACGACUCAAAGUUGUAAUUUUGUUGAAAUUUACAAUACACAUAUUUGAUUACACAAAUUAGUUGACAUGGCUCGUUAUCUCAGUUUGUUAUCCAUUGAACAAGCAAUUUUGCAUUUCGCAACGCGGUUCGAUUCAAGAUAAAUGUAAUCAUUUUUUAAUUUUGUAAUAAAUAUUAAAAUUAAAAAUACGUACUAAUACAUUUUAUUUAUCGCAAUAAUAAUAAUAUAAUUAUUAUUAUUAGGCUAAAUAAAAUUUAUUUAGAAUAAAUAAUAAUAGUACGUAAUUUUUUAAAAUUUCAUAGUUUUUCCAUAAUAAAAAAAAAGAAAAAGAUUCCGCGUGGCGAAAUGCAAAUUUGACUGCUUGUUCAAUGCAUAGCAAACUGAUCAAAUAUGUAUAUUUUUAAUUUUUUUAACCGAUACUUUUUAAAACUUUGAGUUGUCUGACGUCUCGUUUGCAGGGGUUUUGAACUAAAUCCUUGCAGAUGGUCCCGCCUAGAUUUCACAAAAUUCCAGCCGAACGUACGAUCGUACCACUUACGAUAAUAGAAUAUGUUAUAGAAAAAAAAAGAAUUCAAUUUUUUAUUAAGAAAUUUAAUAAAUCUACCAGAUAGGUAAGUGGUUUACUAAAUUAAUUUUAUCGCUUGAUAAAAAAACUCGAAUGUACAGUGUGAUCUAAAAAUUUCGCACGAUAUAGUAAUGUUUUAUUAUUAAUUUUUGUUUAUAAAAUUUGGUGUUUCUGCUAGACAAAAAAAAAAUGAUUCAUGCCGCGGUUUUUUGAACUGUGUUAUAGCAUAAUGUAUGUAUCUUUAAGCCACAAUAAUGUUUCUAUUAUUUUUUAACAAAUUUACUCAAAAUAAAAAUACAGAUUAAAAAAGAUAAUUACAAUUUCUUUAACUAAAACUAAUAGAAAAUUAAAUUUAAUUUUUUAAUAGUUACUUAUAUAAUAAUGCAACUCUCCUUAUAAUUUACCCCCUUGCGAGUGAAGGGAAGACUUACAGAUGUUUGAUGGUACCAUUUGGCUUACAGAUGAGAAAAACCUGGAAAAUCUCAACCACCAUCAUCAAAUAUAAAUAUAAAUACCAGUUCAAAGUAUAAUAACUGGAACAAAACACAUUCAAAUAUGAUUAUUAAACAAAUUUGACAUUUAAAGUGUUAAUAGAGACAUGACAUAAUUUCAGGAGAGUCAAUUUUGAUAGAAUUUUAUAUAGAUAAUGGAAUUUCUAUUAUUUCACUAUAAUUAUAUUCACCCAAACUUCAAUCUAAUCUAUAAUUAAUAAACCACUCUUAAAAAUGUAUUUUAUGUUUUAAGAUCGUCACCAUAUUUUAUGUAAUAUGGAUUCUAAAUUAAAGUUGGGUACUCCAGUAUUAAGCGAAUUAUGAGCAAUAAAGAAUUUUAUGAAAAAUUAUAGGAAAAUCUUUAGUAUUUUCGUGCAUUUUUAAUUUUAAUAAAAACUAACCAUAUAAUUUAAUAAUAAAAAAUAUGGUGCGUAGUUUUUGUAACAAAUUGUAUAAUCUUCAUACUAGAGCUUUAUUUCACACGUUUGAACGCCUUUUUAUCACCUUAAACUGCUAUUUUGAAAUGUUCUUAGCAUUUUAAGCAAUUUCUGUGAAGCUAAUUUAUGUAUAACUAAAUCGAUCAAAAUAUAUUUCAAACACUAUUUCCUAAUAAUCCCUUUGGUCUAAAAAUAAAAAAAAAACUUUUAGUCUAAAUUCUAAAUAUCUGCCGACAACAAUGAAACUGUUCGCAUUACCUAACCGAAUUUAUUAUUACCUACCUAGAUUUUAACGUUAUACAGGGUGAAUCCUAAGUUAUUUUUUUAAAUGUGUAUGUAUGUAUGAAGUCAUUAAAAUAAACAUCUUUUUUUAAUAUUUUUUUCAAAACAUUCAAAAAUAAGAAACUUACAUUAAUUUAUUCCAAAAUGUAUCUAAUACGGUUCUGUCUAUAAUGAAAAAUGAUGUGUAGAACUUUCGUUAAAAAGUGUUAAUCACAUUCAUGCCGUUGUGAGAACCAUUCACAAAAAUGAACUUGGCGGGGAAAAUCUUUAAAUUGUACUCCUUGAACACGUUGAACGUAAAAGAGAUACGACUGAUUUUCCCACAAUGUUCUCCACACUUUUCUUUGACCUACUACUACUUGAUCUGCAAUCAACCGCGUAGUUGUCGUUGGAUCUUUCUGCUAAACGCACUUCACUUUUAAUUUACCAUCACUGAUUCAGAUAAGCACGCUACUGAAAUCACACUCGACUGAAUUACAAUAACCGGUACACAAUCAAGCGUUAUUCAUAAGAAAAACAAAAAAGAUAAAAAUAUAAACAGACAUAUUAGUUAGCGUCCAGGCCCGAAUUUAGAUUUUUAAUUUUGUAUCUUUCUUAUUUUUGAGUUUUAAAAAAAAAAUAACAAUUUUAUACACAGUUAAAAAAGGAUUAACUUAGGAUUUACUCUGUAGUGUUUUUAUUACACAACACAUUGUUGAUAUACUCAUUUUUAUUUCAAUUUAGCUAGUUUUUAAUAUAUUUAGGUUUUUCUUUUUAUUUGAAAGACUGGAAUAGUGGAGUUGGUGGACUAAUAGUGUUUACUUUUUGGUUAAAACACAACAUUAUUGACAUGAACAUUAAUGUUAUUAGAUUAUCUUCAACCCUUUGACAUAGAUCCCAACAGUUGGUUGAAAAAUUUUGUAAUCGUAUUCAGAGGGUUUAUGAAUGGUUUAUGAUAUUUAUAAAUUACACUAAAAAAUUAAACUAACUAGUAAGAUACAAUAUUUCAAAUCAGCAUGACUUUUAUUAUUUUGGUUAAUAAUAAUCUGAACUGGAGAUGAGUCUUAACAUUUUUCGAAGGAAGCUUUCAUUCUAAUUGAAAGGACACCUUCAUAUCAAUUAUUAUUUUGUGUUUUUAUUGAAAAGUUAACAAUUAAAUAAAUUUUGGUGCCGAUCUUCACUAGUAUUUUUAUCACAUUUUCAAUAUUUUGUAUUUUAGGUAGACCUUAUAGGUUGUUUUAGAAAUGUUAAGCAUAAACCCAUCCUGCCAAUCUGUUUAUUAUUUUAGAGCACCUGUCCACUUUUAAUUAAAUAAUAAUUAAAUUGGAACUACCAGUCUAGGCUGCGCAUACAGAGUGUUACUCUAAUAAAAAAAAAUGAAAUUUUUUAAACGUUAUUACACUUUGAAAAUUGCAAUUAUUGGAACACCUUGUAUGCGUCAAAAAAGAUUAAUAUAUUCAUCUGGCGGCCUAACAUUGAAUAACACCUUUAAAAUUUUAAAAUAAUGUUAAAUGAUAUAAAUACAAAAGCGGAACAAACUAUAGGGACCUCAAGUGAAAAGUAAUUCUAAAUACCAUUGAUGUUAACGCACUAAUCCAUGUAAAUACCAUUUAAUGUCACAAUCGAACAAGUGAAGUUAUUUAUAAAAAAUGUAAACACAUUGGCACUAGCCACAAGAUCCAGGAAUAAAAAGAACAAAAUUAAAAUUCUACUACCUCAAAAAUUUAUAUAAUAUGAUAAACUUCACUUGUGAAUUGUUGUUGUUCCGACUUUGGAAAAGUAGAUACGUGUAGUUUCCCUUCUUGUAUAAGCCAAGCAAUUGUCACCGACGUAUUAAGAAUGAAAGAAAAACAUCGACCCAAGAGUAAUACCUUGUGGCACACAGUCUUUUACUGGAAAUGAUUCAAUUGUAUUUUAGUUAGUUUCCGUGUUUUUAAGGGCGUGAUAUAGUGUCAAAUACCGUGACCAGAUGCCUAUCAACAACUUCUAUUAAGAAGAAAAACAUUUCCAGGGUCGAAAUAUCAACUAUAAAUGUAUGUGUGUGUCUUCUGUUUAGCAAGUAGACAGUAGGCCCCGCCAAAAACAACAAAAUAUUUAAAAAUAAGUGGAUGUUCUUGGUGUUGAUUAUUCUUGUUUAAUCUGCAAUUGUAUGUGUUUUGCUUUUCCAAUUUAUUGUCUGUAAUAUUCAAACCUUUGUUCCUAACAAAAUAUGAUCUUCACAUUUUGUAUUAAUUU